UCAGUUGAACUCAAGUGUCGGCAUCAUUGCAGCUGCUAUUUUAUUCCUUCUUUAAACUCAGUUUCUUUCCAGGAUUCAAGCAGUCUUCACCAUGAACACCCUGAACCAACAGUACGAGGAGAAGGUGCGUCCCUGCAUUGACCUCAUUGACUCUCUUCGCUCUCUGGGUGUAGAGAAGGACUUGGCGCUGCCUGCUAUCGCCGUGAUUGGAGACCAAAGCUCGGGGAAGAGCUCCGUGUUGGAGGCGCUGUCAGGGGUGGCUCUGCCAAGAGGGAGCGGCAUUGUGACAAGAUGUCCUCUCGAACUGAAGAUGAAGAGAAAGAAAGAAGGAGAGGAGUGGUACGGGAAGAUAAGCUACCAGAACCAUGAAGAAGAGAUAGAAGAUCCUGUACUUGUGGAGAAAAUGAUAAGAGACGCCCAGGAAAAUUUGGCCGGGGUCGGGGUUGGGAUCAGUGAUGAUCUCAUCAGUCUGGAGAUCGCCUCUCCUGAUGUCCCAGACCUGACGCUCAUUGACCUGCCCGGCAUCACCAGGGUGGCUGUAAAGGGACAACCUGAGAACAUUGGAGACCAGAUAAAGAAACUGAUCCAGAAGUUUAUAACAAAACAAGAGACCAUCAGCUUGGUGGUUGUUCCAUCCAACGUGGACAUAGCAACCACAGAGGCUUUGAAGAUGGCACAGGAGGUGGAUCCCAAUGGAGACAGGACUUUGGGUAUCUUGACCAAGCCUGACCUGGUGGACAAAGGCACGGAAGAGUCCGUGGUGGAAAUAGUCCGUAAUGAGGUCAUCCACCUGAAGAAGGGCUACAUGAUUGUCAAGUGCAGGGGACAGAAGGAGAUCACAGAGAGGGUGUCUCUGACUGAAGCAAUAGAAAGAGAGAAAGCCUUCUUCAACGAUCAUGUGCAUUUCAAGAUUCUCUACGAUGAAGGCCUUGCCACUGUUCCUAAACUGGCAGAAAAACUCACCCUUCAGCUGGUGCAUCAUAUCAAGAGAUCUCUGCCUCAACUGGAAGAGCAGAUAAAGAUGAAACUAGCACAGACUCAGGCAGAGCUGGACAAAUAUGGCAGUGGACCCCCAGCUGAGGCCGCUGAGAGACUCUGUUUCCUCAUUGAUAGAGUGGCGGCGUUUACAAAGGAUGCUAUCAGUCUCACCACAGGGGAGGAGAUCAAAUUUGGAGGCAGGCUCAACAUGUUUGCCAUACUCAGAAAAGAGUUUGCGGAUUGGAAAGAUAUCAUAGUGUGCUCUGGGAUAACAUUCAACCUGAAUAUUGAGAGAGAGGUGACUCAGUAUGAACAAAAGUACCGCGGAAGAGAACUGCCCGGGUUCAUAAACUUUAAGACCUUUGAGGACAUGGUCAAGGAGCAGAUCAAACAGCUGGAAGGACCUGCUGUCCUGAAACUCAAGGAAGUGGGAGACAUUGUGACAAAAGAGCUAUUUAAGUUGGCACAGAGCAGCCUUGUUGGAUUUCCUAACCUCAUCAAAACAGCUCAGAUGAAGAUCGAAGCCAUCAGAAAGGAGAAGGAGACUGCAGCAGAGUCCAUGCUGAGGACUCAGUUUAAGAUGGAAUUGAUUGUUUACACUCAGGACAGCACAUACAGCAAGAAGUUAGGGAAGCGUAAGAGGGAAGAUGAACAGAACGGUUUCCCUUUCGGCAAUGGUAUACCAGUGAAGACAAGCACCAGCUCCACUCCUAGCAAUGACAGUGGGGCCACCGUGAAAGAGAUGAUUAAACACCUGAAAUCCUAUUACCAAAUUGCUGGCCAGCGUCUGGCGGACCAGAUCCCACUGGUAAUCCGCUACCAGAUGUUGCAGGAGUCUGCUGUGCAGCUGCAGAGGGAGAUGCUGCAGAUGUUUCAAGACAAGGAGAAAACAGAGUCGCUGCUUCACGAGGACUCUGGCAUAGAAACCAAAAGAAUCCACCUUCAGAACCGCCUUGAGCGGUUGUCAAAGGCACGCGCGCUGUUGACUGACUUUAGUAUGAACACAUACAACUUCAACCAAGGGCGUAGGUUUGGCCUCAACAUUGGAAGGGACACAAUGACCCACGCCCCACCCCCCACAUCCACCCCUGUGUGUGUGACCUCUGCAAAAAAACAUUCAAAAAAGAGGACUGUUUAAUUCUGACAACCAACUGGUUUAUUAACAAACCAUCUUAGAUCUGUAUAAACAUUUCAAUAAAGUAUAGACAGGAACAGAUCAAAGACUAAAAUAAUGUAAAACAAAUUAAAUUAGUUUGUAAUAGAGAGAAGAAAGAAACAACAAUAUUUCAGUUUUUUUGCAUCCAACAUCAUCAUCAAUUAUUAGAUUCAACCAGAUUCACUAUAUGAUCUUAUUUCCUUUUCUAUUUAGUAGUAUUAUUUGUUUUCUUUGGCAGAAAGAGGGCUGCAAAUGCCUUAAUGAAGGCCUGUACAUACCUGGUAGAGUUCCAGAGAUAGUUCAGGCCUGACAGCAUGAUUUUGUUUCUUCAGCUUGACAAAUACAUUCAUGGUUGUGGAUUGGGUUUAUUAUUUGUCACAUUGGGUUUUGAGA